UUAUAGCUACUGUUCUUUCUCCAAAAAUGCAGAUCUUGCAGUGAUUUACCAUUUCUCAAAGAUAUAUAAGCAGAUGUACACAACCUUAACAAGAAAGGUAAAGAAUGCUAGAGCAGGAAUGGAACCUUACACACCUUGGGAAGAAAUAAGAGAAUCAAACCCCACUCAGAAGAUUCAAGACUGCAAGUAUCCCUUUGAUGUCAAUUCCACCUGUGAGGAGAGCAUCUUCAACAGAAUUGUGGAAGAUCUGUGUGCCAGAGAGCAGGAGACCUGUCAGACUGUGCACUUGAUCAAUGUGGACACGGAUGACACCCUGGAGGACACCACCCUUGGAGCUUUGAUCAUCUGUGAGCUCUGCCAACGCCUCCAGCAUGCUGAUGACCUAGAAGACCAUCUGGCCCAGCUGCUCCUGGCAGUGGAGGGGAAAACUGGAAGGAGCUUUCUUCACAUGGUCUGCUUCUACUGAAGAUCUUGGGCUUCUUCAGCCAUCAGAACUUGUGCCUGGAACUUUGAACUAGUCCGUAUUUUCUGUGAGAGGUGUCUUUAAUGCUCUUUCCAUUAAAAUAUCUUUGUACGAUUUUUUUCAGGUACACCUACCCAGGGAAGAAAAUGGAUGGGAAAAGCGUUUUAUGGAAAUUGGAACAUGGACUACCAGUAGUCAUAAAAUCCUUUCCUAUGUGGGAGACGAUGCUCAAGGUACUUACCUUGGAAGAGACAAUUCAGGGAUCACAUCACUCUGCAAUGAAGUUACCAUCCAGGAACUCCAUUUUCCAGAUGAGCAAAUUAUGGCUGAUCCUCCCAGUCUCCUCCCUUCACCUCUGUCCAACUUAUACAACACUAUUUUGUGAACUGGCCUUCAAGGAUUGGCUUAGCAUAGUGCUUCUCAAUGCCUUUGAAACGUGAUCCUCCCCUUGGGUCAUGAUUAUAAUUUGGGCU